AUGGAGUCACUAUCAAAGCAGGAAUUAAUUUCAACUAUUACAAAACAAGCAGACCAAAUAAAGCGAUAUGAGGCUCGUUUUAGAGACGUUGUUGCUGCUUACAAAGGUCUGUCUAAGGAGAAGGAAGCCCUGGAGAUCAGUUUGAAAGCUUUAAAUAAAGCUGAUAAUAAUGAAGCUGCUACUUCAGACAAUUCAGUUGCAGCACUAACUUUGUCUCUAUCAACUCUCACAGCUGAGAAGUCUAGAAUGGAAGAAGCGUUUCAAGCUGAUAAAAAAGUCACAAGGGAAAAGUAUGAAAGCAUGAUAUCAUCUAUGAGGGAAGAAAGUAAGAUAAUGGUGCAACAACAUCAGGCUGAAGUAAAUAAUCUAAAGGCGAAAAUAUCAUAUGAGAUACAAGAACGAGAGAAGGAGCGAGCAGACCAUGCAGCUAUGUUGAAAGAGCUUCAUCUGAGAUUUAAUGAAGAAAGGAAAUAUAAGGAAAAAUUAGAAGACAAAGUUGUGCAUACAAAUGAGGCUCAAGCCUCUCAAGUGGAGCUUGAGAAACGAGUUCGUGACUUGAGCAGCUCUCUGGAGGCGUCUCAGCGUCGCCUGCAGCGGGCAGAAGCGAGAACUGUAGAAACGCCAGCGCUGCUAGUUCGUUUGCAGCAGAAGUUGACACUGCUAGAGCAAUCGCAUUCUGUCGCUAUAAGAGAGGAACAAAUAAAAGUUAAGCGUGCAGAAGAAUCAGCUAGAAAGAUCUGCGCCCGUCAAGAGGAAAGGGUCGCGCUGCUGGAAGGAAAACUCGCGGAAUUAUCACAGACGAUUGGCGAAUACGACCUUCAAAGACGUCGUGAUCAGCAGACGAUUCAACAACUACGCGAUUCACUUAAUGGCAGGAUACUAGACAAAAUAUCCAGCCGUAUUGAUGCAGAUGAUUGCCCAAAAAGCGAAACAGACAACGAAAAAUUAGCAGACACCGAAUACCUACAGACACUUAUAGACAAAGUUCACAUUCUGAAAAAGGAACUAAUAGCAGAGAACGAAAAACUGGGAAAUCCCAUAGAUUUGACGACCGUUUUCAACAUAGAGUCAUUUGAUCACGUGCAUUCCAAGUGUAAGAAAGAUUAUGACGUUUUGUGGAAGGAAUUUGAGAGUUAUAAAAAGAUUGUGAAAAGCAGUGAUGGAGGGGAUAAGGAGACAGAGAUAGCAAAUCUCAAGAGUGAGAUAGCAGUUUUGAACGAUAAAGUUGAAACGUACAAGCUGAUGUUGGAACAAGAACAACAUGAUAAGGUUGAUACUUUGAAAAUACAAGAAGAAAAAUUGAAAAGCGAGGAGGAUUAUCACACGGAAGUGGUAACAGACCUUCGGAACCGGAUUCAGAGUUUGGAGAAACACGUUCAGACACAACGCGAGCGAUACUCCACUCUGUUGGAGGAGACAGACAACUUGAUACGUUCGAGAAAUGAUAGGUCCAGGAAGGUUAGCUCCGAAGAAAGCUGGAAAGAUGGACACCUUGUGAACCAGCAAGAAAAAAGCGCCUUACCCCAUAUGCUUCACUAUGCGCACGAGGUAGCCCGCAAAGACCUGGACAUCACGCAGCUGAGGAAGGAAAAACACCAACUUGAGGGACAGUUUCGUGAAUGUCAGCGGGAGGCCACCAUAGAAAAGGAGCGGUUCAAAGAGGUCAUUAGGACGCUGAAGGAAGAAAUCGAUAGGUUGCGUCGUAUCCAGUCUCGCGAAGGUGCCAAUCUAGAGUACCUCAAGAACGUGGUGUUGGCUUACCUCAUGUCGACCGAUGAUGCAGGGCGAAAACACAUGUUGAACGCUAUAUGUGCCGUCUUACACUUUACUUCUUCGGAGAGGAAACUAGUGCUAAGCUCAGUAUAG